AUGUCAGUAUCUGGAAAGAAAGAGUUUGAUGUGAAGCAGAUCCUGAGGCUUCGCUGGAGGUGGUUCAGUCACCCCUCGCAAGGCUCCGCAGGCACGGGGGGCUGCCAUCAGCAGGAAGGAUAUGAACACAGAGGGACACCGGUUCAGAACAGGUUGAAGAACCACUCUCGGGACAGAAAUGGGCUGAAGAAAAACAACAGUCCUGUCCACCACAAUAUACUGGCACCUGUGCCAGGUCCAACCCCGGUGCACCACCGAUCUAUUCAAGCCUGGCAUCAACAAAACCUCAUAGAACAGCUUCGAUCAAAUGAAGAUAUUCCCAAAACAAGCACAGAGGAAAACUGUGUCAAAGAAGAUUCAAACAAAACCCCACAGGAGUUGCAGAUGAUCACAGAGGAAAAUUCAGAUGAAUCUGCAGAGAGGCUAUCAACAACCAGCAGCUCACUGCUUGGAAUGAACACCAAUGGCUCUGAUGAGUAUUUCCACUCUACAAACCAUGCAGAGCAAACUUUCCGCAAAAUGGAAAGCUACCUGCAGCAGAAGCAGUUGUGUGAUGUUCUUCUCAUAGUUGGAGACCAAAAGAUUCCAGCUCACAGGCUGGUUCUCAGUGCAGUGUCUGAUUAUUUUGCUGCCAUGUUUACUAAUGAUGUGCGUGAAGCAAAACAAGAGGAGAUCAAGAUGGAGGGAGUAGACCCGGAUGCCCUGAAAGCUUUGGUUCGCUAUGCCUACACAGGUAUUCUAGAGUUAAAAGAAGACACUAUAGAAAGUUUGCUAGCUGCAGCUUGUCUUCUCCAGCUAUCCCAGGUCAUUGAGGUAUGCUGCAACUUCCUCAUGAAGCAGCUUCAUCCUUCCAACUGCCUGGGGAUUCGCUCUUUUGGAGAUGCACAGGGCUGCACAGAGCUCCUGAAGGUGGCACACACAUACACUAUGGAACACUUCACAGAAGUUAUUAAAAACCAGGAAUUUCUUUUACUCCCUGCUAAUGAGAUUGCAAAGCUCCUGUCUAGCGAUGACAUCAAUGUUCCCGAUGAAGAAGCCAUAUUCCAGGCGCUAAUGAUGUGGGUGAGGCAUGAUUUGCAAAACCGACAACGAGACCUAGGAAUGCUUCUUUCUUAUAUUAGGCUGCCUCUACUUCCACCUCAGUUACUAGCCGAUCUAGAAAAUAGUCCAAUGUUUGCAGACGACCUAGAGUGUCAGAAACUUCUUAUGGAGGCUAUGAAAUACCACCUUCUACCAGAAAGACGGUCCAUGAUGCAGAGCCCUCGAACUAAGCCCAGAAAGUCUACAGUGGGUGCACUUUAUGCUGUAGGCGGUAUGGAUGCUACUAAAGGCACAACUACAAUUGAAAAAUAUGACCUUAGGACUAAUAGUUGGAUACAAAUUGGUACCAUGAAUGGUAGACGAUUACAGUUUGGAGUUGCAGUAAUUGACAACAAGCUCUAUAUUGUGGGAGGAAGAGAUGGUCUGAAAACUUCUAAUAUUGUUGAAUGUUUCAACCCUAUCACCAAAGUUUGGACUAUAAUGCCUCCUAUGUCAACACACAGACAUGGCUUAGGAGUAGCAAUGCUUGAAGGACCAAUGUAUGCUGUUGGUGGCCAUGAUGGAUGGAGUUACCUUAAUACUGUAGAAAGAUGGGACCCUCAAGCACGGCAAUGGAAUUACGUUGCUAGCAUGUCAACGCCCAGAAGCACUGUAGGGGUUGCAGCAUUAAAUAGCAAACUAUAUGCUGUUGGUGGACGAGAUGGGAGCUCCUGCUUAAAAUCAAUGGAAUGUUUCGAUCCGCACACGAACAAGUGGAGUUUAUGUGCUUCAAUGUCAAAGAGAAGAGGGGGUGUUGGUGUUGCAACAUACAAUGGCUUUUUAUAUGCUGUGGGAGGUCAUGAUGCGCCUGCUUCCAACCACUGUUCUCGACUUUCUGACUGUGUAGAAAGGUAUGACCCUAAAACAGAUGCUUGGACAACAGUGGCCCCCUUGAGUGUGCCUCGGGAUGCUGUUGGAAUUUGUCCUCUGGGGGACAGAUUAUAUGCUGUUGGGGGUUAUGAUGGCCACACAUACCUGGAUACUGUGGAGUCCUAUGAUGCUCAAAAUAAUGAGUGGACAGAGGAAGUUCCUGUCAAUAUUGGAAGGGCUGGAGCAUGUGUUGUUGUUGUGAAGCUGCCCUGA